GCAACAUCUGCCCAGCAGUUACCAUUUGCUGUGGCAUCAAGCAAAAAUUUUCUCUGGUGCCCCACCAUGGACCUGGUGUCCUUUCAACUGAGCAAAAAUACGCUUUGGGUUUAUAGAUUAGGAAACCAGCGGGUCUGGACAAUCGAAUUGGAUGAUGAUCAAGAGAUCGAGUGUCUCUGCUGGAGGCCUGAUGGCAACGUAUUUGCUAUAAUUACCACAAAAGGGCAGGCAAAUCUGUUUGACUCGAGUAGCGGUAAGCUGAUGCUCAAAUUUCAAAUCGGGAGUUCAAUAGAAACCUGCAGCUGGUUCAAUAGACUCAGCACAUUCGAUACAUCUAACAAAUAUGAGCAGAUGUUCAACAUCAGCCUUACCAACUCGCUUCCAAAACUCACAUCGUCACAUAGCUCAAAGAAACUGGUUAACGAUGACCAAUUAAUAAAGUGUGAAGACUCCUCUCUUGAUUUCCUCAUCAUCGGAUCUGAGCAUGGCAUGAUCUCUCUGGUUCUUUAUGGCAUUUUCAUCAUUGAGAAUUUUCAGAUUUCCCAGCUGCAGGGCACGUACUCAACAUUCCUGGGCAUUUGCUCGUCCAAAAACCUUGUUUCGCAUUACAUUCUAACAGAAAAGGAAGAUGGCCUGUUUGUUAUCAAGCUGACAACUUCAUUCGUGGAAAUAUACGGUACUUUACUUCCUCGUGUGUGUCUUGCUUGCUCCAAGCUUGUGGGUCUACUCACAUAUGUCAAGGAACUGAUUGAUGAUUUGGCUUCCGAGUGCAAGCCUUUUGAAGAUUACACAGUGCGCAUAGUCGGUCUCUUGAAAAGCGAAAUCGAAGCUCUACCGGAACUGAAAAAUACCACUGUCGACCCUAUUUAUGACCUUUACGAUCUUUUGUUGACCGGAGUCAUGACAGAGCCGACUAGGGCCUGGAUUAGUGAUUAUUUGGGAGACCGAGGACUCAAAAGGUGGACAAAGCUAGGCAAACAGUACUUCGAAAGCUCUAGAAAGAACAUUUUCUACAGUUUGAUUCCUGCAUUGGAACACAUGCUUGUAUAUCUCACAGAUUUACAUGGGCUUUCCAAUUGGAGAGAAAAUGAGGGGAAAUUAGGCCUUCAAAGUCAUCUUCUGGAUUCCGCUAUUGAGCUAACUUCAAAACUACUCCGCCUGCUUUACCAAAGCAUGUUGAGACUGAACGAGCAACAACAAUGUUUCGAAAGUUUUAUUCAAUGGCUCAACGCAAUUCUGGUUGAAAUUACAGCGGACGAGAAGAGCAGUGACAUCAUCAAGACCAGAGAAGUCAUUAAAUUCCUUACAACAGGCUUACAAAAAUCAACUAAUGACGAAUCGUCGCAAUUGUUCUUUGAGCUCAAGCACACCUGUGAGCAAUUCUUUGAUGCGAUCAAGAGCAAUAUGAAGACUAAAAUGGAUUCCGUGAUGGUUAGAAGAAUUGGAGACGUUGGUUGCGUCAACGCAAAACUCUCAGUACACAGCGAGGGCGAGAAGGAAUUUGGGCUUGUGAUCAUGCAACAAGAAAGAAAAGCUGCCGUCGUGAAGUUUGACUGCUCCACGUUAGAUCACUCGAUUUAUCCAUUCUCGGAUCUGCUUUUUAAUGGGUCCGUGGAGAUUCAGGGAUAUUUUCUAAAUCCGAGUGAGUUAGUCAUUUUAGUGGUGUUCAAGGAUGAUAUGAUCAAAAGUGACCUUUUAGUCUUGAACACCGGCGACAUCAUGAUUGGAGCUUCAUCUGAACUGUCUCGCAAAGAUAUCAUGGAACACACGGAGUUCAGGGGGGAAUUUAUCCCGAAAUAUAUUGCUAUCAACCCAUUGCGAAGAAUCGGAUGCUUGCUUGAUUCAAACAAGAAAAGCUACAUGAUUGUAGAAAUCUAGUGCACAUAUUUAUUUUACAUUUACAUAGUAAUUAAGGAGCUC